GGCCAGAAAUCAUGGAGGGUUCGCGUCCAUCAUCGCCAGAAGCUCCCCCGCAAGACUUAUGGUCAUCGAUUCUGGAUUCAGUAUCCUCAACAAGGGCAAUACCAUCCAAACAAGUGCUUUUGCUGGGCCAGCCUUCGUCUGGAAAGUCCGUAUUAGCUUCUGCGUUGCUGCAGAAACCUGUUGCAGAUGAAGGGAAAGACGAGUCACGCUCAGAUUUUGCUCUUGGAUAUGAAUGGGCUGAUGUUAGAGAUGAUGCAGAUGAAGACACGUUGGCUCGGUUGUCUGUGUACACCAUCCCCUCAGCUGCUUCGUCGUAUACUUCUUUACUUCCUCAUUUUUUGCCUCCUCGGAUCUCUCUACCCCAUACCUUGGUAAUGAUUGUGUUGGAUUGGACACGUCCGUGGACAUUUGUGGAAGAUCUACAAACCUGGCUAAUGUGGGUCGAGGAGUGGGCUAAAGGCGAUUCGUCACGAGAGCUAGAAAUAGCGAGGGAAGAGAAUCGCGAAAGAUUACAAUCUCACUUGCAGCAUUACACAGAACCCUCCUCAGAUCCAAUACCAGCAUCCAAUCUGUCGUCAAACACCUUGUUGCCUUUAGGUUCUGGCAUAUUUACCCACAACACUGCUGGAGUGCCCAUUAUUGUCACUUGCACCAAGGCUGAUUUGAUCGACGAAGGCAAUGAUCUGGUCGGUGCUGGAACUUCUGGUAUGGGCGGUAUGGUCAAAGGUAACGGAGGGGAGUGGGAGGAGAGAACAGAUGGGAUCAUGCAAGUCCUAAGGACUAUAUGUUUAAAAUAUGGUGCCGCUUUAUUCUAUACGACACCUCUCCCUGCCACACUCCAGGUUUUGCGUCAGUAUACCCUUCACCUUUUGUUUACCCCUGCCGCCCCAUCACCUGGUCUUUCAGCGGGCAUGGAAGCUCCCACGCCCAUUCGUAAUCCGUUCCCCUUUAGCCAUAAACCGAAUACCUUGGAUCGUGAUCGCAUUGUCGUACCUGCUGGAUGGGAUAGUUGGGGCAAGAUUGCCGUCCUGAGAGAAGGAUUCGAAGCAAAAACAUGGGGUGAAGCUUGGGAACAAGACUUCGAAGCUGAAGAUCCAGAAAAUGUGGAAGAGCCCGGAGCUGUGAAGAUGUACAGCCUGCUUGUCUCCGAUCAAGGAGCCAAGCCUCCACCCCUCCCGGUCUUUAAUAAUCCGAUGCCAGAACAGGCUUUCCUCGCGAAACACUAUGAUGAGAACUCCAAGAAGCCCGACCGAGACCCUCGUGGUGCUUUCAGAAAUCCCACAGAAAGUUCGGCUGCUGGUAUUGUUGGUCCUCUGGGAAGCAGUAGUUUCAACCUGCCUAAUGUCGAGCGCGCUCUGAGUGAAAUGGAGGCAGGUGUAGGGGGAGGGGGAGGGCUUAAUGCGAGUGUCAAUGGAGAUGCAUCACGCAGACUUUCGACGAGAAGCGGUACUCGACCAUCAGGUCUCCCCGCUGUGGGCACGGCUGGCGCAAAUUCUUCUGCUAACGUCGGACGUCCCCCAACUUCACCUACGCUGGGCAAUACGCCGAGUCCGACAGGGGGACAAACUCAGCAUGAAGUCUUGCAAAACUUCUUCCAAAGCUUGCUGAUCAGUUCGAAGGAUCGUGCUGGCGCAAGUUCGACUGCCUCGAGAAGUAAAGCGAAUGGUAACACCAGCGGAACUGAUGAUACAAGUUAGACAGCUAGGUUCUGGUCAAUACUGUGUGUAAUUUAUGAUAUUUUUGAGCUUUAAUCGUGAUGUCUCAGCCA